CUGGCUCGGUUGCCAAAUCUGCAACACAUCCACUUCACAGCUCAAAUCGAAGCACCACGAGCUUUGAUGGAUCGUAUCUAUGAGAUGCAGAAUGGUCGUUCGAUCUUGUCCAUGUUGAAGACUUUUCACUUGCACAAGCAGUACGAGGACGGCCCUCUCAAUAUAAGGAACUACAUACCUCUUAUGCAUUUCCCCUUGUUCGAAAAUUUCUCCUCUGAGAGCGAUGUGCCAAACACUCCAGAUGGGUCUUGCGCAGUCAAUACUUUGACACACAAUACCGCAGAAUUGCUUUGGUGUCUAGGACCAUUAUCCACGAUUGAAGCGCUACUGCAGACAUGUCCGCGUUUGACCGUGUUCAGACUCAUCAUACCCGACGGAACCCGCUACAGAUGGCUGUGGGAUGUGGGCUAUCAACCCUUGGUUACGCCACGGGAUCUUGUCAAGGCAUUGCUUCAAACGCACAGAAAAAAGCUGCAGACGCUCCACCUGGACUUUCAUGACUAUUACAAUCUCCACGAUCUAGAACUUCUAGAAGAGAUAGAGCAUCUAGAAGACUGUUUUUACACAUACCCUUCAUUCCGCGAAUUUGAGAGUCUCACGCAUAUGGCCAUGGAGUUCGAAAAGCUUGUGAGAUUCCGCGAUCUCCCAAUGUCGUUGGAACAUCUGGACCUGAGCUAUUGCCAUUUUGCUGACCUGAAUCGGGCUUCUCUCAGUGAUAUGAUUCAGCUGAAGGGAAAGUGGUGUCCAGUCAUCAAAUCUGUUAUGGUGCGUGGUUGGGAG